UUUUAGAAACUAAAAGGAGAGAAAAGAACGCAAGAAAAGGAACUAAUACCAACUCAUCGGUUUCAUUUGAUUCUGGCUAUAUGGCAUAGCGUUCUUAUUGACACUACAACAAAAACCCAUUUCCAUAACACAAAAAUUUAACACUUUUAAAAAAGUAUUAUAAUAUAUAUGAGUGUAUAUGUAUAUAGGCAGGACUUAUAGCAAUUUGGCGCCUAACUUUCCCCAGCCCCCCAAAAUUUUUCACACGGUCCCAAUUUACCAAAAAAAAAAAGAAAAAACCCAUUUUCACAUGGUCCCAGUCAGUCCCUGAUUCCCCUCUCUCUCUCUUGUUUCUCUAUGUCUACCCCCUUUCUCUCUCUCUUCGUUUCUCGACCAAUCUGUCUAGGAGGAGGACGAUUAAUCUUGCCCAGGCUUUGUUUUUCAAGUGGGUUUUUGACAUUGCACUUUAUUUCGAAUCCAGUCCAACAUAAUCUUAACUAAUUCUCUGUGCCAAAAAAACCUCAGCAAGGUCUUCGCUUUGGACAUAAUAACUAAAUUUUGAGGAAGCUUCUACACCAAACUCGAAGAAAUCAUUCGAGAGUAUUUUCAGCAUGGACAACAAUAAUUGGAGAUCUAUUCAAGGUGGUGAACCCAUGAUAGACAAUACUGAUUGGAGAACCCAGCUGCAACACGAUUCGAGACAACGAAUUGUCAACAAGAUGCUUGUCGUAUUUGACGUUCUCACGUCGUUGGCUAAAAAGACAGUCAACAGAAGGGAGCUUUGGAAGAUGAACUAUCCGCAACAGAGUGCCAGCAAAAACCUUAGACACAGUAUGAAGAUGUAUUUCGACUUAUAUGGGUAUCAUGGAACCUCAUUUGAGCAAACAUAUCGAUGUUACCCUUCAUCUUAUAUCGAUAAGGAUAAUUGGCCUUCUGUGAUGUUUGCAAUGGCAGGACGGGUGGUACUUAGCCUUGGAAAUCUCUCAACUCAGUAUGCUUGGGCUUUUGUUGGCUUAUCAGUCACAAAAGUGAUCACUACAAGCAUAACAGUUGUUAUAGGAACAACCUCGAAUUACUUUUUAGACAAUAGAAUUAAUAGAGCCGAGAUCCUUUUCCCUUGCGUUGGCUGCUUCUUGGUUGUAGUUUGCCUUGCUUCUACUGUCCACUCAUCUAAUGCAGCUGAUAAUAAAGAAAAGCUUGAAGGUUUUUCAUCUAAAGAGGGGUGUUUGGGAAAAGCAUUCUCAUUGGACUAUCCAUAUGUUUCAUUGCUGGUGUUUGCUUUUCUCUAUUCUCACCAACAUUCAACUUGGCAACAAAUGAUCAAUGGCAUACAUUGAAAGAUGGGGUUCCUCACUUGGUUGUCUACACUGCAUUCUUUUACUUCUCGGUAUCUUGUUUUUGUCCUUGCUAUAAUCCUCACAUCACAUUCCUUUACUACCCUGUGCUGGACUUACCGAAAUCAUCAUUCAAGGCUUAUAUGUUGAAUAUUUAAGACUACUUGCAUACUUUAAGAACAUUUUGUUGUUGAUGACAGUGUUGAAUGUUUUAAACUAAUUUGUGGAUUGUUAAUAUAAUG